AUGGAGCAACAAGUCCUUGAUCUUUUAGCGGCCACACUCGUUGCCUCGACCUCUAUCCGCAGUGAUGCAGAGCGCCAUUUGGAACAACUCUACACUAACGACACAUUCCCAAUCUCCCUAAUCUCCAUAGCGUCUCACAAGUCUGUCGCUCUCGAUCAUCGCCAGGCCGCGCUUCUCUCCCUCAAAAAACUGGUAUUGAAGAUAUGGUCGCCAUCCCUGGAGGAAUACGAAGGUCCGGAUACCUUGAGCGACGCGACCAAAGAGCAAGUGCGGCAGUCGGUGCUGUCCAUUGCGACAGCCUCCGAUGAAGAGAGGAAGAUCGUUGCGGCGGCCAGCUACGUCGUCAGCAAGAUCGCAAGUGCCGACUUUCCAGAGCAAUGGCCAAGCCUGCUCCCCACCCUAUUGAACCUCGUCCCACAGGCGGAUGCGACACAGUUGCACGGCGCGCUAUUGGUCCUUGGCAGUCUUGUUGAAGACGGAUUCGAUGAAGAGCAAUUCUCCGGAAGCGCGAUCGACCUCGUCAGAUGUAUCUACAUUGUGGCUGUCGAUGGGGAGAAGAGGCUGACGACGAGGGCACUGGCGGUCUCGAUUUUUCGAGCGUGCCUCGACACCAUGGAGUUGGUGUAUCAGACCAACAAGGCUUCUGUGACGCAGUUCAUGCAAGAACUCUCGGAUGUGUGGUCACCAUUCUUCAUAGAGGUUCUCAAGAUGCCUCUUCCACACAUGCCGAGCGAAGAGGAAGAAAACGAGAAGGGUCCCGCGGACUCGAAUUGGCGAGGGGUGAUUGCUCUGAAGACCCAGGUCGUAAAGGCACUCGACAAAAUUCAUAACUUGUUUCCGCAGCUUCUCAGUCCGCGCACCCUAGAGUUGUUCAGCACGAUAUGGGAGUCGUUACAAGCUCACCUAUCACCAUAUCUCACGAUGUAUACCGGAGACCAACAAAGACAGAGUCGUAUGGAUGACGCAGAUCGACUGCCGUAUACUCUCGAUUACCUUGUUAUCGAGGAGCUCGAUUACAUCCAGACACUUUUGAACACGUCGAUAAUCAAACGCGAAUUGGAUGUGCAACUGGCGCCUGAGAGAAUAACUAAUGGCGCUCCCAAUAGUACCUGGAUUCAGCAAAUUCUAGCUACUGCUGUUGGCUAUUCUCAGAUCUUGACUGAGGACGAAGAACUCUGGGAGGUGGACAUUAACGUCUUUCUGUCAGAAGAAACAUCGGAGACGGCGAACUACUCCGCUCGCAAUGCAUGCGCGGGCCUCGCAACGAAACUUUGCAGCUACAAUUGGCCUGUGCUCGAAAGUCUGCUGGCCCAUAGCAAGACGGUCUUCGAGGGUGGAGCGUCGAAUCCAAAGGAAAAGGAGGCGGUGCUAUAUGUUCUCAAGCAGGUGUUAGAAGAAGUCAGCUCGUACGAGAGACCCGUGGGUCCAGAAAUCGCCCAGGCGUACCUCAGCCAUUGCCAGGCCGCUAUGCAGGACAGUGGAAGCGAGUUCUUGAGAGCGCGCGGCUUCAUUGCGGCGGGUGCUCUCAUCACUGCACCCGGGAAAGCAUUGCGGGAUCUGGUCCCUGAGUUCGCACUUCAGUCUCUGAAGGCCAUCGAACAUGAAUCCUCCGAUAUCGUCAAAGUCUCUUCUAUGCGUGUACUCCAGCAAUACCUGAAAGUCUUACCAGCAGGGAGAGCUCAGGAAUUCCAAGUCCAAACCGUGGCCGCGAUCUCCGGUUUCUUGUCAUCGCAUGAUCUCAGUGAGAUCAACGACACCGAAGAUCUCCUGGAUACACUGGUAGAGACUCUUCGAGACGCUGUCAUGACCGAUCCCACUUUGUGCCUUGAACACCCAGCUCUUGAUGUGCUCUUUACAAUGGCGGCGUAUGGUGCUCGCAGCUGGCAAACAUCGAUGCUUGUUAAUGAGACCUUUGAAUCCAUUACUUCCAUCAUGUCCUCAAAGGGACCCGAAACUUAUGCUCGGCUGUGUUCGAAGGUUCUCCCGAGCCUGACAGGCGCCCUGGACGUGGGAGAUAUGACCUCGGAAAACUCGCUCAGCGACAUGGCUGUAUCUUUGCUCGCUACCCUUGCAGAGUAUGGAUCAGAACCCUUACCUCAGGGAUUUGUUGCCACGUUACUCCCAAAAUUAUACCGGCUUCUGUUCCUGCCUCUAGAGUUCAGCGUCCAUCAGUCAGCCACGAUCACGAUCAAAUAUAUUUUGGUGCACGAUCCUGCUCAACUCUUCGCUUGGCGCGAUCCAGAGACUGGGAAGGAAGGCCUGGAAAUUGUUCUUCUCAUUAUUGACCGGCUCCUAGGUCCAGAGGUUGAUGACUCUUCAGCAGCAGAGGUUGGAGGCCUCGCCGUGGAGUUGGUCGAGAAAGCAGGCGCCGAAAGACUGGGGCCGUAUCUCAUGCAGUUGCUGCAAGUUGUGGCGAUCCGCCUGAGCACAGCCGAACGUGCAAAUUUCAUUCAGAACCUCGUCCUCGUGUUUGCUCGACUGUCUCUGACUAAUGCGAAAGAGGUUCUCGACUUUUUGGCCCAAGUCCAGGUGGAAGGCGCCGAUGGUGGCACAGGUCUCGAAGUCGUACUGAGAAAGUGGCUGGAGAACUCUAUCAACUUCUCGGGAUACGACGCCAUCAGACAGAACGUCAUUGCGCUGACGAACAUUUACCAGCUUCACGACGAGCGACUUUUGAACAUCCAGGCUAAAGGAGAUCUAAUCGUGCAGAACAGCUCCCGGAUCAAGACACGCUCCCAGUCCAAGAGAGAGCCGGAUCAAUAUUCGAUCAUACCAAUCCCACUCAAGCUCAUCAAGGUCCUUAUCCAGGAGCUUGCCAAUUCCAGUCCCACCACGCCUGGCUUUCACAAGAGAAAUCACAGUCUUCAGGGUGGCAUAAGCGACGAUGAAGACGAUGACUGGGAAGAUGAGCCCACAUUAUUGGAUCUCGGGGCUCAGGCCACGAGACAGGAUCUGAUGGGGUACAUGGACGAGGCCAAAUGGAACACGCAUGAGACCGACGACGCGACACAGAAGUACCUCGUCGAUUUCUUCAAUGGUAUAUCUAACGACCCAGGGUUCCAAGAGUUGUAUCAUUCUUUGACCGAUGCGGAACGCGAUAAAUUGCAUAAGAUGAACGAGCAACAGAAUCAAUUACCGCAGAUUAUCCAAAUAACUGGCGACAUGGCUUACCGAUCUUCUACGCUCUGUCUCGCGCUACUUGCUUUCCUCGCUUUCUACGCUUCGCCUGUGGCAGCUUUUGGGGCUGGGAAUAUAGCUUCGAUAUCAAAAAUCGAAGGGCAUAAUUGGCGCCAUGGCGAUAUCGAGGAUAUGCUCAAAACAAUUGCUUUCAUCAAGGGCCACAAAUGGACGAGUAUGAUGAUCAGGCGAGUUUACUUCGGCAACUGGUUGCGAGAUUAUAGUCAAGCUAUGGACGUAGGGUCACUCAAAGGUGUUCAGGCUGGCACUGUCCGUAUCCUCGUCUGGGUCCUAUCGUUUUUGUCCUUCGGAUACGCUACUGCGGAGUUCGAAGUGACCGAGGAAAGACUGGGUGUCUACAGGCCCGAGGAGCAUAUUGACAAUCCGAAGGACUACGCAGACAAUGUUGAUGCUAGGAAGUAUGAUGAGAGAUUACGCCCACCAGUCCAAGCGAAUGAGCUGGAGGUUGACCCACGGACGGGAAUGAAGAACUACAUUGCUAAUGAAGAUCUCGACAUCGCUACGUCAGCCGGAUAUGUUAGGUUCUCUUUUACUAGGAGUAUACACUUUGGAAGGGUGUACACUAGUGGAGCAAGCGGUACGAAGGGCAAGGAGGCAGACCUGUGCGAAGCAUUGAGGUGUCUUGGGCAGGGACUGCAUUGUCUAGAAGACUUCGGUGCUCACACGAAUUAUACGGAGCUUGCUCUGCGUGAACUGGGGUUUCAAGGCGUCUUCCCACAUACUGGAACUGCGACCGAGAUCAACAUACCUGGGGCUCAGCAUCCAGUGUUUCCCCUGGUUACGGGAACUUUCGGAGUAGUCGAUUUUCUGCAUAGCGUACUCGGCGAAGCUACUGACCACUUCGCACAAACAGAGGUGGAACAGAUGGACAUAGCGCUCAAGGACGCCGAAGCUCAGUCGAAGACGUCAGAGGAUGGCAGCCGUGAUUUCAACAGCUCUCAAGGCCUAUCCACUAUGACCAGUCUGUUAUCUCAGUUACCCGGGACGGGUGACCUUGCCCGGCAAGCGGCUGAUCUUCAAGCAAUGUCAGAUGUCCGGGAACGAACGACUACUGGGCCUCCAUUUGGAUCUGACCUGGACCGAAAAUUCGCAGGACCUCCUGGGACCCAAGGUGGACCCCCCGGACCCAACAUCCCUGGUACGAACAUUGAUCCAAUGAAAACGGCUGCUCAAAUAUAUCCCAUCCUAGAGUUCCGGGACAGAGUGGUCAAACUAGUCAAUGUUACUAUUGAGAAGAUCCCUGGCCUCGAAGCUCUGGUGGAAAAGAUUUCAGAAACACUGACGCUUUUCGUCCUUUCACUUCUUGCGCCUUUCAUUCGCCCAAUUAUCAACGCAGUCUCAGCGCAGCUCAAAGCGGGGAGCGGCGGUGUCAUUGAUGCAAGUGGUAAACAUCAAUAUGAGCCUUGGACAGACCCUCACUGCUCAGACCCAACACACUCUUUGCUGUCCAAAGACCACUUCUCCAACAUACUAAAUGAACCAGCCGGUCAAGUUGCAUCUACUAUUCUGAAAUACGUUGCACCUCGUAUUAUAUUUGCCUGGCAGCAUCCCGAUAUUCCGGUGGAGCAGGUCCUAAAUGACGUCGUUAGAGUCUUCCAUCAUCCAGCCCUUCGAAGACCCGACUGUGAGCUUCACCGGAACAUGUACAGUACCGUCGAAAGCUGGGCACGCUCACGGCCUGACGGAGGAUCCAAUCUCAACGUCCUGCUAGGCUCUGAGAGCGUGAGGCAUGGCAAGAAUCACACAGUAGACGCCAGUCAGCAGUCACACAGUCAUGGCGGGCUUCCUAAUCCUAGCAACUUCUUCGGAUCUGCCAGUCAGAGCAAGGUCCGGGAUGCACCGUGGGACCAGGUUGGCAAGGCUCAAGGAGUCAAUCGCCCAUCGCCACGUCCAUCACCACAGCCGUCACCUCGCCCAGACUUCGGGUAUUAUCCUCAGCAGGAUCUACAGUCUCGGCAGCAAAAUCCAUACGAGCAGCCAGCUUACCCACCUAAUCCCCAUCAGGGACAAAUGUAUGGGCAACCAUCCCAGUGGCAGCCAGAUCUUCAGGCUCCCCCAGCUGGAGAGUAUCCUCCACAAGGUGUCUACCCACCCCAACCACCUGCAUAUGGGUAUGGCCAAGCUCCACCUUAUGGCUAUGAUCCAAAUGCUCCCCCUCCACAAGCGUACGGCUAUGGGGGUCCGCCCCUUCCUCCUGGGCAAUAUUACGGUGGAAGUCCCUACUGA